UCUGUCAGUACCGUCAAAACUAAAAUAUAUUUGAGUGUUUUAUAUGCAGCUGUAUAAACCUGAAAAUGUCUUGGAAUGCGAAACAAAAAUUGCCCUUCCUGGAGGGAAAGGAUAGCGACUAUUUUCAAUCCUAUUCCCGCCUGGAGACCCACAUGAACAUGCUGAGGGACUCGGUGCGCAUGGAGGCUUUUCGCGAUGCCAUCGUCCAGAAUCGAGGGCUAUUCCAGGACAAGGUCGUGCUGGAUGUGGGCUGUGGCACUGGUAUACUAUCCCUCUUUGCCGCCGAGGCGGGAGCCAGUAAAGUUAUAGCCGUGGAAUGCACCGAUAUAGCGGAUUUAGCCGAGGAGAUAAUAAGGGACAAUCAGAAGGAGGAUGUGGUGAAGGUGGUCAAGGGAUUGGUGGAGCAGGUGGAGCUGCCCGACGGCAUUGAGAAGGUGGACAUCAUAGUCUCCGAGUGGAUGGGAAAUGCUCUGUAUAUGGAGGCCAUGAUAAACUCCGUGCUGUUUGCCCGGGAUAAGUGGCUCACGCGUGGUGGGCGAAUCCUGCCCAGCACUGGUAACCUCUGGUUAAUGGGGGCCUAUGAUCCGCAUCGGCGGACUAAUCUUAACUUUUGGUGCAACGUGGAGGGCAUCGACAUGGGCUGUGUGAAAAAGCCAUUCUCCCAGGAGCCCUUGGUGGAGUGUGUGCCCAUCCAGCAGCUGCUCACCGACGAGUGCUUCAUACACUCCACCAACCUGGCUGUGGCCCGCAACCAGCCGGUGCAGUUUCAAUCGAACUUUCAAUUAAAAGUGAUGCGAACUGGAAUUAUCAAUAUGCUGGUCCUGUACUUCGAUGUCUUGUUUCCGUCGGGAAAGUCGAACAAAUCCGUAACCCUGUCCACCUCGCCGCAUUCGCCAUGGACCCACUGGGAGCAGACCGUGCUCCAUCUGGACGAGCCACUGUAUGUGAGGAUCAGGGAUCGGGUGCGCGGGGAGCUGGCCAUGACGCCCACUGGACAAGAUGGACGCGGCAUGAACUUUGACCUGCACCUCAGCUUCCGUGGCGAAAGAACGCGAGUGGAGAGCUUCAAGAGCUUCUGCUCAUCAAGUUGAACCUGGGAGUCCAUUUGAAAUCGAAAAACAUAAGAAUGUUGAACCGAAUUGAUAACUGCCAUAAAAUGGGUCGUUAAUCUAGGGUCUCCAAUUGCCCAAGGGUUGUGUUUUUUUUUUUUUUAUAUAUUCAGUGGACAAUCAAUCCGCGGCGGGGCUUAGAAAGUGGACAGCCGAAAUGUUAACGACUUUCCUAACAAAUUAAUUUCAAAGCCAGGUCAUUGCCGAGGGGAGAAUGUGAAAAUGUGUCCCUCGCCGGCUCUAAUUAAUUGAUGGGCCGUCGUAUAAAUUUGUGAAAGCCAACGCCGUGGGCUUACAAUGAACGCCUUUUAUGCGUUUAUAACUCUAUUUACUAUUUUAGCCAUUUUCAUUGUCUCGCUUCUCGCAUCUGGAGAGGUUGCCCAAAAAAUCUCUUGUCAGCUCGUUUUGUGUUUGUGCAUGGAGUGGUCUUUGUUAAUGGCAGUUCUUAAAAGGCCAUAAAGUUGCUUUAUGCGCCCAUGAAAUUAAUAUGCACACCAUUAUUGGACAUGAUUAUAAAAUA